GUGACCGCAGCUCGUAGCGACGUCACCGCCGCAAUGGCUGCCCCCUUAGCGGCCGUGGGACGGACGGGAAUGGCCGGUGUUCGUGUCUGCGUCUCUCUCCUCCUGCGAGCUCCCGGCUCGGUGCAGACGCCUGCACGGUUCCUGUCAUCAGUGCCACAGAGCAAGGGCGGCGACAGUCAGCUCAUCGUCGUCAACGAGAAAGUGGACAUCUCGCCCGUUACAGGCAUUCCUGGCGAGCACGUGACCACGCGCAAGGUGCGCAUCUUCGUGCCGGCACGCAACGCCAUGCAGUCAGGCACCAACAACACGCGCAAGUGGAAGCUGGAAUUCGACACGCGAGAACGCUGGGAAAACCCACUCAUGGGCUGGAGCUCCUCGGGUGACCCCCUCUCCAACGUGCUCCUGUCCUUCUCCAGUAAAGAAGAAGCCAUCGACUUCGCUGACAAAAAUGGGUGGAGCUACGAAGUGGAAGAGAAGAGAACCCCGAAGCCCAGGAGCAAAUCCUACGGCGCAAACUUCUCCUGGAGCAAACGCACGCGCGUGUCCACCAAGUGACACCCCUCCCCGGCACGCACAGGCACACAAGCUCACAUGCUCACACCCACACAGGCACGUUCAUAUACAAGCUUUCCAGGUCUUGCCAAUCUCCAUAGGUUGACAUGCAACACCAGGUAUCUAUGAUUGGCAAGCACCAUGGCAGUAAUGGGUGUCAGGUGCACUGUUGAUGGAUAGACGUGUUAAGCCGAGCCAACUGUGUGUCAGUAGCUGCGUCAUUCGCCACCUUUGUCGCAACAGCGGUUGACAGCUGCCGGUUGGGUUCCAGAGAUAAACACGUGUGUGUACGUGAGUGUGCCAUCCGCUGUCAGUGCAGGUGUGUUGAUCGUGUCUUUAUUGUGUUACCUAUCAUUAUUAUAAUUGUAAUUCACUUGUCAAUAAAGUUGCAUCUGACCAGG